UUGCAAUGUUUGUUGGAGGAGGUCUCGCUAUUGUUAUUGUUAUUGGCGUUAUCAUUUCUGGAGUUGUCUGCUACAUGAGACGACGAAGACAAAGGCCACUUUCAAUCAAUGACAGAGAAAGCUCGGCACCUUUGACUGGAAAUUACGACUCUGAUGACAAUUUGAUCAUGUAG